GGCCUAUAUCUCCUUUAGGACCUAUAUCUCCUUCUGAACCUUUAUCUCCCUUAGAACCUAUAUCCCCCUUGGGACCUAUAUCUCCUUCCGAAUCUUUAUCUCCUUUAGAACCUGUAUCACCCAAAGGUGAUAAAAAAGGUUCCAAAGAACCUUUAUCUCCUUUAGGGCCUAUAUCUCCUUCUGGUCCUGUAUCGCCUUUCUUACCAGUAUCUCCCUUAGUAUCGCCUUUAGGACUAUCCCCUUUAGGACCCGUAUCACCUUUAGGACCCGUAUCACCUUUAGGACCCGUAUCGCCUUUAGGACCGGUAUCACCUUUAGGACCCGUAUCGCCUUUAGGACCGGUAUCGCCUUUAGGACCCGUAUCGCCUUUAGGACCGGUAUCGCCUUUAGGACCAGUGUUACCUUUAGGACCGGUAUCGCCUUUAGGACCUUUGUCUCCCGAAAGACCUGUAUCCCCUACAGGACCUUUAUCUCCAUCAGGACCUUCCGCAGGAUUAUCUAUCUUUAUUUCAUCCUGCUUAUUCAAUUUAUCAUUAUUUAU